AUGGAGGAGUGCAGUCUGACAGUUCCAACCCUCUCUGCUUCUCCUCAGACUCAGUUUGUUGAAGAGAGUUGGGCAUUUCCUGGUUUCAAGAUCUCAAACAAAUGUGCUUCACCUGCAGUUAAAGGUGUCCUUGACUGUGCUCUUCAGUAUAGAAUAAAGGAGAAUGUUGGACAACUUGUCCUACUUAGUCAUGAUGUCACAUUGAAAAUAAAAUCCAUGGCAAAGGGGUUGCUGUGCGAGACAGUGCAACAAUUUCGCCAGAGUUUAGCAAACCCCUUCUCGGAGAGGUUCCUGUGGCCCAAGAGCUCUCCUCGAGGACUGACUUGGUCUUGCCAAGAUGAUUUGGUUUUGAGGGAGAAAUUUUGUGGAUUGCCAUCAAAGGCUGGUUUGAAGCUCCUCACUGAGCAGUUUCUGCACUCUCAUUGA